CUGUACUCUCUCUGCAACAAGAGCUGUAUCAGGAGAAGCAAGCAUGGCGUCACUCUCUUACACGCGCCUCCUCUCUCUCCUCUCCCUCUUCAUCCUCCUGUUCCUCUUCUCCCACCUGUCCUUCUCUCCCUCCUCCGUCCUCGCCGCCGACUCGCAAUUCGAAGGAUUCGACGAUGGCGACGAAAUCGAUGACGCCGACGCCGACGCCGACGACUCCUCACUCCCUCUUCCCACUCGCACCCGCCCUUCCCUCACCACUACCUCCCAACCCGACCCACCUCGCUCACCUGAACCCUCCGUACCCGACACGGAUCCGAACCCGAUUCCCGAUUCGGAUUCUCCAUCCACCGAUCUUCCCAAACCUUCCUCCACCAGCUUCGAUUAUUGGGACGAAGACGAGUUCGAAGGCCUCCCCGUCCAACCCCAGCAACCACAGCAGAAACCGCCCCUCGACGACCCUGCAAGUACCGAAAAUGCCACUCCCUCCUCCAAUUCCGAUCCCAAACCCUCCGCCGCUCCCAAGCCCCCCGCCGCUCCGAGAUCCUUUGUUGUGGAGAUCGCGUGCGGAGGGUUCCUGAUCGUCUUCAUCAUCAACUACUUCACCGGGAAGCGGGUGAACGAGAACAUUGCCCUGGCUUGGGCGGCGAAAUUCGCCACCAAAGACUCGAUUUUCGAGAAGAACUUCAGUCUUCUGGGCGUCGGAGACGGCGACGACUCACCCUUGCUGUUGAAGGAAGGUCAGAACGUGUUCAAGUUCUACGCGAGUGGGCGGAGGUGCUGCCAGGGGCUUCUGGCGACGAUGGAGCUCAAAAGCCGCCACGAUUUGAUCUCCUCGAUUUUCAACUUGGUGGUCCCCAGUAGGGACGAGAUCAAUAUCGAAGUUUAUAUGAACGAUGAUGCGAUGGACCACGUGGUUUUCGCCUUGGCAAGGAAGAAGUCGGCCAAGGCAAUGCAGAAGGAGGUUAGGGACUUGCAGAAGUUUGCCGGGAUAGUGUCUCCGCCUACCGGAAGGAAGUGGGUUUCUGAGGACCUGGCGGUUAUCUCCGAAUCGAAGGAAGUGGCUGGUGAUUUGAUCACUGAGGCUGUGCUCGAACAGGUUUUUGGUGAAAAGGCUUUUCAGAAAUUUGGAAAGGGUUUCAUCUACAUGCAUUUUUCAGAUCAACAUCCAGGCUCGCGAAAGAAGAUGCUGUUGUUCAAGUUUGCCCUACCAGAUGCCGGUAACAUGGCUGAUAUGACUCGACUGGUGGCUUUGGUACCUUAUUAUAUUGAUUUGAUUGGGCGCUACAAGCUAAGCAGUCAGGUUCGAUCCAAAACCGAAGCAAUCAGAUCAAAGGCGGCUCAAGAGGCUUACAAAGAACUCCAAAAUGCUAGGCAAGAAGCGUUGCAAAGAAAGAAGGCAGAGCGGAAAAAGAUGAUGGAGGAGGCCGAGGCUAAGCUCAGUGCAGAUAGUAUUCGCAAGAGAGAAGCAAAAGAGCGUGCUCGUCAGAUGAAGAAGGCAAUGCCGAAAGUAAAAAUGACCCGUGCUAGCUAGUUCGUGAAAUUACUCGUCAUUUCUUUCCUCUUCAUCUUCGUUUUAACGUCUCAUGGUAUUUUAGCCGAGAGUCAUGCCGGCCAUAAGUUUUGGUUCCGCCCCCUUGCGGGCUUGUACUGUAACCGUCUGAAUUCGUUCGACACUAACGUUACAACAUGAGUAGGUUUUGAAUGUACCAAAAUUCAAUGCUGCCGGAACUCCCCAGCGUUUCUUUGUUGACA